AUGGCGUCCCGCUUGGCUAGAAGCGCCGUCGGCGCGAACCUCCUUCGGCCGACCCUGGCCCGCCGCACCCUGCCCGCCAUCUCGGCCUCGAUCGCCGGCGCCCGCAACGCGUCUAACAUUCCCGCCGAGGAUCCCAAGAAGAAGGCCCAGUCCAUCGUCGACUCCCUGCCCGGCAACUCGCUGCUCUCCAAGACUGCCAUCCUUUCCUCGUCCGCCGCCCUGAGCGUCUACGCCAUCAGCAACGAGUACUACGUCGUCAACGAGGAGACCGUCGUCGCCUUCUGCCUGCUCGCCGUCUGGGGUGGUUUGAUCAAGUACGGAGGCCCGAUGUACAGCGAGUGGGCCCAGGGACAAGCCGACAAGAUCAAGGGCAUCCUCAACUCGGCCCGCGCCGACCACACUCAGGCUGUCAAGGGCCGUAUUGAGGACGUCCAGCAGAUGUCCGGCGUCGUUGACAUCACCAAGUCCUUGUUUGCUGUUUCUAAGGAAACCGCUCAGCUUGAGGCUCAGGCCUACGAGCAGCAGCAGAAGACUGCCCUGGCCGCCGAGGCCAAGGCCGUCCUCGACUCCUGGGUCCGCUACGAAGGCCAGGUCAAGGCUCGCCAGCAGAAGGAGCUCGCUGAGAACAUCAUCGCCAAGGUUACCAAGGAGCUUGAGAACCCCAAGGUUCUCCAGCAGAUCCUCCAGCAGAGCGUCGCUGAGGUUGAGAAGAUCGUCUCCUCCAAGGCCCAAUAG